UGCAACACUCAACAGUGUCAGCCACAUAAACCAAUUGGGAAACCCUUAUUUAUAAAAUCGCCUGCUUCUGGCUUCACUUCAUGAGUUUUGAGGUCCCGAGAGGAGGCAAACAUGAAGACUCUGUGGCUCGGUACUUUUCUGAUCUUGUUCAGCACCUCAGCCUGGGCCAAGGAAAAGCACUAUUACAUUGGGAUUGUUGAAACAAGUUGGAACUACGCCCCUGACAAUGGAGAAAAGAAGCUUAUUUCGGUUGACGCAGAACAUGCCAACCUCUAUCUUCAAAUUGGGCCGGAGCGAAUCGGCAGGGUGUAUAAGAAGGCCCUGUAUCUUCAGUACACAGAUGGCACCUUUGGGACAGUUAUAGAAAAGCCACCCUGGCUGGGGUUCUUGGGCCCGAUUAUCAAAGCCGAGACUGGAGAUAAAGUGUUUGUACACCUAAAAAACUUUGCCUCCCGGCCCUAUACCUUCCACACGCAUGGAGCAACUUACUAUAAAGACCACGAGGGGGCCAUCUACCCUGAUAACACCACGAAUCUCCUAAAAGCGGAUGAUAAAGUGUACCCCGGCCAGCAGUACACGUACAUAUUGCAUGCCACUGAAGACCAAAAGCCCGGUGAGGCAGACAGCAACUGCGUGACCAGGAUUUACCAUUCCCACAUUGAUGCGCCAAGAGAUAUCGCCUCCGGGCUCAUCGGGCCUUUCAUACUCUGCAAGAAAGAUUCCCUGGAUAAAGAAAAAGAAAAAAAUAUCGACCAAGAAUUUGUGGUGAUGUUUUCUGUGGUGGAUGAAAAUUUCAGCUGGUACCUAGAAGACAACAUUAAAACAUACUGCUCUGAACCAGAGAAAGUUGACAAAGAUAAUGAAGACUUCCAGGAGAGCAACAGGAUGUAUUCGGUGAACGGAUACACCUUUGGAAGUCUGCCGGGACUCAGCAUGUGUGCGGAGGACAGAGUGAAGUGGUACCUCUUCGGAAUGGGCAAUGAAGUGGACGUACACGCUGCUUUCUUUCACGGGCAAGCGCUGACCAACCAGAACUACCGGGUGGAUACGAUCAACCUGUUUCCUGCUACCCUGUUGGAUGCGUUCAUGGUGGCUCAGAACCCUGGCGAAUGGAUGCUUAGCUGUCAGAAUUUGAACCAUCUCAAAGCUGGCCUCCAGGCCUUCUUCCAAGUCCGGGACUGUCAGAAGUCUCCUGCGGAGAAUGGUGCCCUGAGCAAGACUGUCCGACACUACUACAUCGCCGCCGAGGAGAUCAUCUGGCACUACGCGCCUUCUGGAAUAGAUGUCUUCACCAAAGAAAACGUAACUGCACCUGGAAGUGAGUCAGAAGUAUUUUUCGAACAAGGCGCUACAAGAAUCGGAGGCGCUUAUAAGAAGCUGGUGUACCGGGAAUAUACAGAUGCCUCCUUUGCAAAUCGGAAGGAGAGAGGCCCAGAGGAGGAGCAUCUUGGCAUCUUGGGUCCUGUCAUUUGGGCCGAGGUGGGAGAUACCAUCAGAGUGACCUUCCACAACAAGGGCCCUUUUCCCCUCAGCAUCGAGCCCGUUGGUGUGAGAGUCAGUAAGAACAAGGAGGGCACCUACUACGCGUCCCAUUACAACUCCCCCCAUGGAAGUGCGCCCCCUCCUCCCGCUGCCCAUGUGGCACCUGAAGAAACAUUCACCUAUGAGUGGACUGUCCCCCCAGAAGUAGGACCCACUUAUGCUGACCCUGUCUGCCUGUCUAGGAUGUAUUAUUCUGCUGUGGACCCCACCAAAGACAUAUUCACUGGGCUGAUUGGGCCGAUGAAGAUAUGCAAGAAAGGAAGUUUGCAUGAAAAUGGGAGACAGAAAGAUGUCGACAAGGAGUUCUAUUUGUUUCCCACCGUGUUUGAUGAGAAUGAAAGCUUACUCCUGGAUGAUAAUAUUAGGAUGUUUACUACUGCACCUGAUCAGGUAGAUAAGGAAGAUGCAGACUUUCAAGAAUCGAAUAAGAUGCACUCCAUGAAUGGAUUCAUGUACGGGAAUCAGCCCGGUCUCAGCAUGUGCGAAGGAGAUUCCGUCGUCUGGUACCUAUUCAGUGCUGGCAACGAGGCCGACAUCCACGGGAUCUACUUUUCAGGAAACACCUAUCUGUCCAGACAACAAAGGAGAGACACAGCAAACCUCUUCCCCCAGACAACGCUGACACUCCUCAUGCAGCCGGACACACAAGGGACGUUUGAUGUUGAGUGCCUCACAACGGACCACUACCUAGGCGGCAUGAAGCAAAAAUACACUGUGAACCACUGCGGCCAUCAAUCGCAGGACUCCACAUACUACACGGGAGAGAAGACCUACUACCUGGCGGCAGUGGAGGUGGAAUGGGAUUAUUCCCCACACCGGGAGUGGGAAAAGGAGCUGCAUCGUUUACAAGAGCUAAAGUAA